GCAUUGGAAAGUGAGUUUGUUUCCUGCCAGCUUCACCAGUGGAUUGAUCUGAUUUUUGGCUACAAACAGCAAGGGCCGGAGGCUGUCAGGUCCCUGAACGUGUUCUACUAUUUGACUUACGAAGGAGCUGUUAAUUUAAGUUCAAUAACGGAUCCUGUAUUGAGAGAGGCUGUUGAAGCUCAAAUACGAAGUUUUGGACAGACCCCUUCUCAACUGCUCAUAGAACCACAUCCUCCAAGAAGUUCUGCCAUGCAGGUGUAUCUCCUCCUGCAGAGCCCAUUGAUGUUCACAGACCAAGCUCAACAGGACGUUAUCAUGGUUCUCAAGUUCCCGUCCAACUCCCCCGUCACUCACGUAGCAGCCAACACCCAGCCUGGGCUGGCCACUCCUGCCGUCAUCACGGUUACUGCAAAUAGGCUCUUUGCUGUAAACAGGUGGCAUAAUCUUCCUGGUGCUGUACAAGACCAGCCUUACCAGCUGCCAGUGGAAAUCGAUCCUCUCAUAGCCAGCAAUACAGGUAUGCACAGAAGGCAGAUCACUGACCUUUUAGACCAAAGCAUUCAGGUACAUUCCCAGUGUUUUGUCAUCACCUCUGAUAAUCGUUACAUCUUGGUCUGUGGCUUCUGGGACAAGAGUUUCCGAGUUUAUUCUACUGACUCAGGUAAAAUGAUACAAGUAGUAUUUGGACACUGGGAUGUUGUAACCUGUCUCGCCCGUUCCGAGUCCUAUAUUGGAGGAAAUUGUUACAUCCUCUCUGGAUCGCGUGAUGCGACGUUGCUGCUCUGGUACUGGAAUGGCAAAACCAAUAUCAUUGGUGAUAAUCCAAGAGCCAGUGAUUUUGCAACUCCUCGAGCUGUUUUGACAGGACAUGACUAUGAGAUCACCUGCGCUACCAUUUGUGCUGAGCUUGGCCUGGUAAUAAGUGGUUCCAAAGAAGGACCGUGUCUCAUACAUUCUAUGAAUGGAGAUCUACUGAGAACAUUAGAAGGUCCUCAAACAUUUGAAGGUCCUCAGAACUGCCUGAGACCAAAACUUAUCCAAGCUUCAAGAGAAGGCCACUGUGUCAUAUAUUAUGAAAACGGCCUCUUCUGUGUAUUCAGCGUGAACGGGAGACUGCAAGCCACUAUGGAAACAGAUGACAAGAUAAAGGCCAUUCAGCUGAGUCGCGAUGGACAGUAUCUGCUCACAGGCGGAGACAACGGCGUUGUCAUGGUGUGGCAGAUGUGGGACCUCAAGCGGCUCUUCGCCUAUCCAGGGUGUGACGCUGGAAUCCGAUCCAUGGCCCUGUCGUACGACCAAAGGUGUAUAAUGACCGGCAUGGCAUCUGGGAGCAUAGUGGUUUUCUACAAUGAUUUCAAUCGUUGGCACCACGAGUAUCAAACCAGAUACUGA